AUGGGUAGGCAAGAUAAUGAUCCAAAUUCAAAUUCAACCAUGGUGAAGAACUCUUCCAUUGCUCUUCUUCAAGAAAGGUUUAGACAAUUGGAGAAAGUGAAAGAAAGAAGAGAAGGUAAACAACUUCUUAGGUUGUUGUCAUCAUCAGAGACCAACACCAACACAGAACAAAGGUUGAUGGUUAGGUCAAGUUAUGAUCAUGAUUCUCUUUCUCUUGGACUCAACUUGACAUACAAGCAAGGUGAUAAGAACAACACGAAAUCAAACACUUCUUUGAGUGAAUGGUCACAAGGUGCAUCAUCAUCAACAUCAAGAAAUUUUGAUGCCUCAGAUGUUGAUACUUCACUUCAUCUAUAA